AUUUUCGACCUUGCCAUCAGCUGUUAGGCAGGCCAUUGAAUGGCGACUGAUAGUUGGUAAAUUGCGCACUGAUAACUAAAUCUAAUUAGUGUUUUAAUGAAUAAGUGCGUUGUAGCUGGCCGCUAAAAAUGUGGCGUUUUCUAUUCGUAUCCAGCUGUGUGGUUUUAUUAUCCUUGGUUGCGUGUAACGAUAUAUUAGACUACAUUUCCAAUAGUUGCGAUAAACUUCAAUAUACAUUCCGCUGGACCGACGUUCCUGCGACCGGUCAAAAAUGUCCACAAUCAAUAGCUAAACUGCCAAACACCAUUUAUCUGCUUUACGACGUAAACCCGCCUGAAGGCUUCAAUUUGCGUCGUGAUGUCUACAUACGUUUAGCGGUAUUCGUACGCCAGUUGGCUAGCCGCAAACCUUUUCAAAAUUUGCGUUUAGUGUUGCCGCCUUGGCGACGUUUAACUCAUUGGAAAUCUAGUCAUCUGCAACAACAUAGCCUACCUUGGGAACAGUUUUUUGAUGUGGAAAGCAUGCGACGCUACGCGCCUGUGCUCGACUUUCACGAAUUUUUGACAGAGAUCGCCCAGUUCGGUUUACAAGAACCACCUUACGUACAGGUUCAACAAGUGUUCCAGCUAAUGAACUUUGACUACAUGUUCGAACAAGACGUUUUCCAUGAGAAGUUUCAAUUCGAGCGCGAUUGCCAAAAGGAACAGCACCUGCAAGGUUAUCUGCUACAGCAGCCUAUGCUGCUGGACAACGAUUUUGUCUGCGUGCGCUAUCAAGGCAGCGUGAAUUUACUGGAACGUUUGCUGCGUCAACAAUUGAAAAACAGCGUAGGACAGACGACGAACGAUGUCAAAGUGUACGCCAUACUCAACGCUGAGAUUGUGCUGCACGAUCAGUGGGGCGAUAAGGAGUUUUGGCGCGCACGCCGUUCAAUGCGCUUCGCUGAAACACUACAAGACAUAGCUGUAGAGUAUCGCGCGCGUGUACUAAAUUCACAUAAAGCCGAGGAGCGCGUGCAGCGACCACCGAUGUGGGAGUUCGAACGCGCAUAUCGUGGCGCAGUGGGCGGUGACUAUUUGGCGGUACACUUUCGACGUGGUGACUUUGUGCAUUGGCGGCUAAGAAGCACACCCACAUUAAAGUCGGCCGCCACACAAAUACGCGAACAACUGCAAUUACUCAAUCUAACCACUGUCUAUAUAGCCACCGAUACCACCGCUAUGGAGUUGACCAAUUUGAAGGCGUACUUGCAGCGUGUACGCGUGCGUCGCUUCACACCGGCAACGUUGACGCAAAAAGCGCUCAUCAAGGAUGGUGGUCAGGCAAUAGUAGAUCAAAUAAUAUGUGCGCAUGCGCGACACUUCAUCGGCACAUUUGAGAGCACAUUCAGCUAUCGUAUAUAUGAGGAGCGUGAAAUACUGGGAUUUCCCAAACAUAGCACCUUUAAUACGCUCUGCAAGUAUGCAACGCUGGAAGAUUGCGAAAAGAAUUCAGUUUGGCCGUUAGUCUACUAACAAACUCAUUUGUAGGCAUUUAAUUGGUAGUUGAAAGCGAAUUUUGUACUUCUACGCGCGUUGGCUCUAGCGGCUGACUGGCUAUUUACUUAAGCAUGCUAAAGUGGCACACUAACGCUGUGGUUUUUUAUACAAUUUUUUUUUUUUGGAUAACUUUACAACCGUUUCCUCGCGCUUUGUUUGAGUUUGUCAGUAUGUUCCAUAAUACUCGUUAAUUAAUAAAACUACUAUAUGUUUAUUAAAUUAUAAUAAAAAGCCAAGUUUUCGAA